AUGGAGACACCGGUUAUCUUCGCUCCCGGCGCUGAGCAAUGCUUCCAAAGUCCACUCUUUAGCAAGCUCGGUAACUAUCUUGAUCGACCUGAAUGGUGGGAGGAAGGCGUAGCGACCCUCAAUGCCUUCUUUGACGACAGCGCGCCACCAGUCAACGAACCCGAUCAGAGAUUAGAAGACUUGUUGGAUCUUUUUGAACCUCUGAAAGUGGUCGAAGAACCUCAAGGAUCAAGCAAUGCCGUGGAGACCAACCUGCAACAAGACGAUCAAGUCGGAGUUGCACCUUCCGUCAUUGACAAGCUCGAAGAUCCUUUGCCCCUGCCAGACAAUCGCGUCCAUGUCAGACCACUCCCAGCGGUGGAUGUCAACACAAUCAACGAAGCCAUCAACACAUCAUCCCCCGUUCUUGCUAGCACAACGACAAGUACCAGACAGACAAGCCCUCUGCCCCGAUCUAGCACUCGAGCAUCAUCCGUCAUACCAGGCCCUGGAUCAUCGCUAGAGGAUGCAACACUCGCACCUUCUCCAUCUGAACCACCCAAGCCUCGCUCUUCUAUCGACUUUGCCACAACCCACCACGAGGAGAUCUCGGCAUCUACGUACACUGACAGAGACAAUGAUGUGACUUUGACCGAUUCAUCGGCUAUGACUCGGGAUGGUUCUGUAUCCAUCCCGUUCGCGCACGUUCAGGACCAGGUGACCAACGAGCACACCAGUACCACGGAAGAACUCGGACCAGAAUCAGGGGAUGACCCUACAGGCCUCCAAGCUGUCAAAGACGAAGUCUCUGAUGAAUAUGGACUCACUACCGCGAUUGACUCCAGCAUACUCACGCAAGACACUGACGCUACUGUCAUCCAUGAUCCAUAUUCAGCAGCUGUUUCAUUAUUUCCACCGAAUCCAUACUCCGAUAUACCUCAUGAAUUCAAUUUCGUUGCUCAUGAAAACCCUCCGGCCGUGCUCGACACACAAGUCGGCGAGGACUGCCACAACGAUAAUGAGGGAUUCUCCACCGAUUCGACCUUGACUUCUUUGGCUUCCGAUACUGCACAGCUACCCAAUGAUUACCUCGACCAACUCAACGACCUCGAGAGAUGGCAGUUCAAAACACCAUCUCCACCACCUUCAUCGCCAUUGAGUCCACCAUCUCCAAGCUGGUUCACCACCAAACACAUCGAUCAAGAUUCCAUGGCUGGGGCUGUUUCAGGUGAUGGUGGCGGUGUCAAACCAUUGUCAAUCCCGCCGACACCGAACAAGCCCACUGCAGAGCUUGACACGGCCCCGUCUAGCACAUCAAGAAACAUCAAAGGCUUGCGAAUCACCACUGGAGUCACGGAUGAGCUUAACGGAAACACAAGGACGGAGGAUGCAGAGAUACCCACAGCUUCCACAGCAGUUUUCAAUGAAAAGCGCAAGCAAGAGGAGCCUCAUCCAGAAGAGCCGUCCCAAAAGAGACGACUCGGUCUAAGAACAAGAAACGAGGAGCAAUCGAAGGCCAAUACAGAGCCACAUAUCUCAUCUGGAGUGGGGACACUCAAAGACACAUCGAAGAGAGCCCAGAGGGACAGAAGCAAAACAGGUUCGAAAUCUACCCAGCGCGAUUCACCCGAUGAGUUGGCUCCAGUCUCACCAGACGAGCUUGCCAAUCCUCCUGUAUCUAAUCCAUUCGGGCUGAACAAAACUCCUCUGUCUUUGGCAAAACUCAAGCCCAACAGAUCGACAGCCACUCGUUCGCGUACCAAGAAGCCAGUUGACACAUCUGCUCCUCUCAGAAAACUCGUAGGUAUUGCAAGAGCUACCAGAGCAGCAGUUAGCAACAAGGAACUGGCUGGACUUCUUGGAGCUUCGCCACCUCGUAAAGCUGAAGAGAAGUCAGAAAUCGAUAUUGGCGGACGAUUGCGUAGUCAAGCUCGUACUCCUGCUCCUUCUUCCGCUCCUUUUUCCACUGCUGUGCCUACUCCGGUACCCGAACUUGUAGCCAGUGCCGUUCCUAAACCUACUACAGAGAGUACAGACGUUGAUUCCACUGGAGCCCCCAAAUCAGCCAACACGGAUACACCACCACCGAAGAGGAUACGGCUUCCUGGCGCCAACCCGCUAGGUGCCAUGGAGCUCAAGGAGCUGGGAUCUCUUCCGAUCCUUGAGACCAGAACCAGAGCAAGGACCGCGACAGGCGAACCAACAUCAGAACCAAUUGCUGCUCAACCUACAGCAAAACUUGCAUCAAAGCGCACCCGGCCCAAUCUCAAAGUCGCUGCUCCAGAUUCUGCUGAGGCCGACGAAACUGGAGGUCAAGACGCUGCAAUUGAUUUUAUUCCUGUGCCUCCGCUUACUCUCACCUCUACUCCUGCAUCGAAACAAACCGCACAAGAUAGAGACACCACCAAAACCGAGACGAAUGGCAUAGGUGAUACGGACGCAUCAUCUCCAACCAAGAGGAAGAGGCUUACCGGAGCCAACCCUCUCGGUGCUCUAGAAAUCAAGGAGCUGGGCUCAUUCCCUGUUCUCGAGAACAGAACUAGGUCAAGGACCGCAACAGUGGAGCCGACUCCCGAGCCAACUGAUGUCCAACCUCCCGUCAAAUCGGCACCAAAGCGUACAAGGUCCAAUCUUAAACUCCCUGCUUCAGAUACUGCUAACUUGGGCGAAACCGACGGCGCAAAGAAUGCCACUCCUGGCCCUAUGCCUAUACCUACACCUGCAAAGCGUACCAGAAAGCCAGCUCCAAGACCUAUCGCCAAACCCGUUGUAUCUAGUCCGUUCGCUUUGGCAGCAAAGUCCAAGGGCACACCAGCUGCAUCCAGGAAGAAGGCACCUGCGAAACAGAAAGCAGUCAACGCUGACAAAGACAAUGAAACUCCCACUGGGCAGUCAACCGAGACGACAAUCAAGAGAAAGCGUGGAAACGAUGGCGAAGAGGCCGAGAAGGGAGCUACAAGAUCUAGUAAGAGGAUUGCCGGGGCAGAACCUGAAGUUGGACGAUGA